AUGGAAUUAGCAAAUAAAAUAGUGAAUUAAGAUUAGAUAGAAAUUAAUAAAAUCAUAAGAGAGGACAAAGCAGGUACAAAAAUAUAGAAAGGUGUUAAGAAACACAAAAUAACAUUUAUAGAUGAAAUAGAGAAAGGGAAAGAAGCUCAUACAGUAAUUGAAGUAGAAUGUUGGGAAAAAUAUAAUUAUGUGUUUCACCUGAAACAGAAGUAGUAGAUGAAUGCUGUUAGUUUAUUUGAUUGCAAAUAUUAAUUGUAAUUUAAUUUGGUUAAGAAUUGCAUAAGACUCAUUUUCAAAUAUUAAAUAUAGUCUUUUAUUUUCAUAUAACAAUCAUAUAAUAUAUCAUAUUAUAAUGUUAACAUAAUGUGA